UGCGCUGGUGUGCGUUGCAAAAGCGAAAAGGGUGUGUUGGCAAAAUUUAAAUCAACUCAAUCUGCUUCAUCUGGCACAUAAUUUUAUACCUCGAGUCGACGAUGGGGAUGCGCAGGAACGAUUUUACCACCCUCGGGACAGAGACACCCCUAGGAUGAAGAAUGAGGGUGCAUCAGGGUGGUGACGUUUUUCAGAAAGCGACUCCAGUCCAGACAGGACAGACGACGGACACUUUCAAAGUCCAGCAGCUUUUUAAAGAUCCAUCAUCAUGUGUUUCCUUUUGUGGGGCACAACAAAGGGCACAAAGGCGGCCAAUCGCAGAAGGGAAUUCGUCAUUAUGGGGGCGUGGCAAUACAGUCACAUGUAGCGCGAGAAAUAAACACAGCAGGGCGCAAUGCGGGCAUGAAAAGUUAACAGUUUCCCUUUUUCUUUUACUCGGAUUGAAGAUUAAAGAUGCUUUUAAGAAUCGGAAAUUCAGCAGCGAAAAGAUUUUUCUCAACAAUUUAUGCACAUUCAUCAGGACAAGGGAAAAGUGGUGUUGCUGUUAUAAGAGUUUCAGGCCCAAAAUCCAUUGAUGUAUUGAAGAGGUUGACAGGUCUUAAAAAGGUACCACUGCCUAGAACAGCUAUCCUAAGAAAAUUUUCCAACCCGACCACAGGCUGCACAAUUGACAAAGGGCUGGUGCUAUUUUUUCCAGCUCCCAAGAGUUUUACCGGUGACGAUGUUGUGGAAUUUCACAUCCACGGAGGAAAAGCAGUGGUCGCCGCAAUGCUUUCUGCAAUAGGCCAGGUUCAAAACUGCUUUCCUGCGGAACCAGGAGAUUUUACCAGGCGAGCCUUUUUGGCAGGAAAGAUGGAUCUGACAGAGGUCGAGGGUCUUGCAGACUUGCUCUCGGCAGAGACAGAAGCUCAAAGGCAGCAGGCCCUUUUGCAAAUGGAAGGGCACUUGGGACAGUUGUACAAAAAGUGGGCCGAGCAACUGGCCAGGUGCAUGGCUCACGUCGAGGCGUUUAUCGAUUUUUCCGAAGACGAUAACAUAGAGGACGGAGUUUUGGAAGCUGUUGAUAAGCAAGUAAAAAACCUUAUGAAAGAAAUUCAGGGCCAUCUAUCUGACGGACGAAGGGGAGAAAUUUUACGAUCAGGAGUGUCCGUCUCAAUUGUUGGAGAGCCCAAUGUAGGAAAAAGCAGCAUCCUCAACACCUUGGCACAAAGACCAGCAGCGAUUGUAACGUCUCAAGCUGGAACAACCAGAGACGUCGUCCAAGUCUCUCUUGACUUGGGAGGUUAUCCAGUGCAACUCUCGGACACGGCUGGGUUGAGAGAGGCAAAUGACGAGGUGGAAAAAGAGGGAAUUCGGAGAGCGCGCGUCUCUGCAGAAAAAGCAGAUCUUGUUCUUUUGGUUGCUUCAGCACCAGAGAUUUAUCGAGACUCGUUGCAAAAUAUGGGUUUUGACGAUUCGAUAAAAAAAUACCUAAGGAAAUGUGACUUGGAAAUCAACCCUAAGAACUGCAUUAUUAUCCUUAACAAGAACGACCUGCUUGAAAAUGAUCCCUCUGAUUUCACAACCGACUUAAACGUUGUCCACACAUCUUGUGAGAGCAGAGAAGGAAUGAAUCAACUUUUAAAAGUACUUCAAGAAAAACUGAGCCUACUGUGUGGAGAGCCAUCGAAGGAAUGCCCAACAAUUACCCAAGCUCGGCAUAGAGCUCAUAUAGAAAACUGCUCAAAUUAUCUUCAAAAGUUCUUGCUUUGUAUGGAAGAAAAUCACGAUUUGGUGAUUGCGGCAGAGCAAUUGCGCCAAGCUCUACGGAAUUUGGGCCUGCUCACGGGAAAAGUUUCCACGGAACAGCUUUUGGAUCUAGUCUUUUCAGAGUUUUGCAUAGGAAAAUAAUUAAACACUUUUUUAAAAGAUAAGAUCAAACUUUACUUAUGAUCUGCACGCAAAAAUUACAAAGUUCACUUUUCAUAAUACGGGGGUCUAAAAUAAGGUGCCUGUCCUGGCAGCGUAGGGGGCUGGUGCGGCAUAACAUAAUUCGAGAAGUGGAAUGGCGGUAGUUGCGGAUGUGCCUGCGUAGAACCUGGGCCCAUUAGUGGCGGCGGAUAAGAAUGGUGAUUUGGAGGCGGGUGUUGAUACAUGUUAGGCGGAGGAACGUUUGUUGGGGGCGGACCAACCGGCGGUAAAAUGUGUGGGGGCGGCAACAGCAUAUCCGGAGGCAACUUAACAUCAUCGGAUUUUAAGUCAAUUUUUUCAUCUUU